AGCAUGGUCUCUUCCUUUCAGACGCUAGCAGCAUAGCUGGGGAAGCAGCCUGAACAUAAGAAGACAACGCAACUGUGUCUUCAGUUACAUGGUGCAUACUAUUGCCACGGCAGUGAAGUUUCUGCAGAAUUCUCGGGUCCGCCAUAGCCCACUUGCAACCAGGAGAGCAUUCCUUAAGAAGAAAGGGCUGACGGAUGAAGAGAUUGAUUUGGCUUUCCAGCAGUCGGGCACGGCUGCCGAUGAGCCUGCGUCCUUGGGCCCAGCCACACAGGUGGUGCCUGUCCAGCCCCCUCACCUCAUUGCGCAGCCAUAUAGUCCUGCGGGUUCCCGGUGGAGAGAUUACAGCGCCUUGGCCAUCAUCAUGGCAGGGAUAGCGUUUGGCUUUCACCAGCUCUACAAGAAGUACCUGCUACCCCUCGUCAUGGGCGGCCGGGAGGAUAGGAAGCAACUGGAGAGGAUGGAGGCGAGUCUCUCAGAGCUGAGUGGCAGCGUGGCACAGACAGUGACUCAGUUACAGAUGACUUUAGCCUCUGUCCAGGAGCUGCUGAUUCAGCAGCAGCAGAAAGUCCAGGAACUCGCCCACGAACUGGCCACAGCCAAGGCCACCACUUCCACCAACUGGAUCCUGGAGUCCCAGAACAUCAGCGAACUCAAGUCGGAAAUUAACUCCUUGAAAGGGCUUCUUUUAAAUAGGAGGCAGUUCCCCCCUUCCCCGUCGGCCCCGAAGAUCCCCUCCUGGCAGAUCCCGGUCAAGUCCCCGUCACCCUCCAGCCCCGCGGCCGUGAACCACCACAGCAGCAGUGACAUCUCGCCCGUCAGCAACGAGUCCACGUCGUCCUCGCCCGUGAAGGAGGGCCACAGCCCCGAGGGCUCCACGGCCACGUACCACCUGCUGGGCCCCCAGGAGGAGGGCGAGGGGGUGGUGGACGUCAAGGACCAGGUGCGGAUGGAGGUGCAGGGCGAGGAGGAGAAGAGGGAGGACGAGGAGGACGAGGAGGACGAGGACGUGAGCCGCGUGGACGAGGAGGGCUGCCUGGGGGUGCAGAGGGAGGACCGCCGGGGCGGGGACGGGCAGAUCAACGAGCAGGUGGAGAAGCUGCGGCGGCCCGAGGGCGCCAGCAACGAGAGCGAGCGAGACUAGGCGGCCGGCCGGCCGGGGUGGUGGUCCAGGUGCAGGGCGUGGCCUGGGGCCGGGCGGGGGCAGGGCUGCCGCAGCCUCGCCGGCCUGGGCGGCGUCAGGGCCGAAGCCUGUCCACCCCGCCCGCCGCAGACAGACAGGCCUCUGACCUUGUUCUCAUGUCAGGCCGAGGGCUCCGAACUCUCCGGGCUCAAGCCCCCCCAGCCCCCUCCCAGACAGACGUCCCGUCCAGGGGUGUCUGCUGGGCGUCUUAGCCAGCCUAACGCCGUGCAUGACAAGAGGUAGUUUUAUUACCUGACUCCUGACCCUCUAGAGGAGGAGCCGCGGGGCCUGGCGUCUGCCGUCCCUUCCCUCUGCCCCGGCUCCCUCACUGCUUCUCGCCAGUGACCAAGGGGGCCGCGCUCUCGUGAUCCCAAAAGCAGCGGCCCUGUGCUCCCCUCUGGGCGAGGGCCCCCUGGGCCCCCCAGCCAGUCCCUGCCCAGACGAUGCCACCCUUGUGCACCCGUCACAGCCGCAGCCCGGUCGUCUGCCACCCACGACAUCACGCUGCUCCCGACCAUUCGCUUGCCGCAUCGUGGCUCAGCUACUGCCGUGGCGAGUUGUGGUCCCACCUCCACUAGGAGCCAGGCACAGGGCCUUCCUGUCUGUCCCCUGCCCCGCCCUGCCCCCCAAACACGUGUUCUUUUGUGUGAUCAGGUAUAGGUUUCAGAAUAUAAGAUACGACUGUAUAUAAUUGUAAUAAAUAUGAGUUGCCACUAUUUAA